UUGUUUACACAGCUUUCAAACAGAGGCCGGUUAGCUCUCGCUGCGCAGAGCUUUAGUUCAGCACGGGCUCGGCACAAUCUGGAGGAAAAAGGAAUACUCAGGGUUUACUUGCUUUUUCUCUUUUUUGUUGUUUUUUUUCAAAACCACAUGGGAGUACAGCUGAAGGACACGAGUGGUGAAAUGAACAAAAGGAGAAUGCUUUUUUCCCUCACUUUUGCUUAAAAGUAUUCUUUGAUGAAGAAAAGCUCUACCGCCACUGCCAUUCAUUGCUGUGUUUCCACUGGACGGAGUGGAACAUACAGUAGAUGAAGAGAAGAAACAACAUUUGCAGUCUUGUUUUGAGCCUUAAUGAGGAAUAAAAAGCCACCCAAAAAAGCAGUAUAAACAUAUUGGAUAUACAGAACAUUUCUUCUGCAAAAACUUUGAAGGAUUUCAUACAUUUUUUGAGGUUUUGUCUGCUGUCCUAUGUAAGAAACCUUUAAUUCCUUCUGUAUCUUAGAGGAAUAUUAACUAAAGAGAUCUAGUCCAUCCACGAUGGAGUGGGAACACAGGGACAGAGAACCGUGUUUGUCACCAGCAGCAUUUGUCAACCAGGUGCAAUACUCAAAUAUCCUGGAAGGAAGAUUUAAACAGCUGCAAGAUGAGCGUGAAGCAGUACAAAAGAAGACGUUUACCAAAUGGGUAAACUCUCACUUGGGCCGAGUAACCUGUCGCAUUGGCGACUUGUACACAGACCUGCGGGAUGGCCGCAUGCUCAUCCGUCUUCUGGAAGUGCUCUCAGGAGAACAGCUGCCAAAGCCCACUAAGGGCCGCAUGCGUAUCCACUGCCUGGAAAAUGUCGAUAAAGCCUUGCAGUUUCUCAAGGAGCAAAAGGUCCAUCUAGAAAACAUGGGCUCACACGACAUUGUGGAUGGAAAUCACCGUCUCACCCUGGGUCUCAUCUGGACCAUCAUCCUCCGUUUCCAGAUUCAGGACAUCAGCGUGGAAACAGAAGACAACAAGGAGAAAAAAUCAGCCAAAGAUGCCCUUCUACUUUGGUGCCAAAUGAAGACUGCCGGUUAUCCCAAUGUCAACAUCCACAACUUCACGACCAGCUGGCGAGAUGGCCUGGCGUUCAAUGCCAUUGUGCACAAACACAGACCUGACGUCAUUGAGUUUGACAACCUGAAGAGGUCCAAUGCUCAUUACAAUCUCCAGAAUGCUUUUAACGUGGCUGAAAAGGAACUUGGCCUCACCAAGCUGCUGGACCCAGAGGAUGUUAAUGUUGAUCAGCCUGAUGAAAAGUCCAUCAUCACUUAUGUGGCAACGUACUAUCAUUACUUUUCCAAGAUGAAAGCCCUGGCAGUGGAGGGCAAACGAAUUGGCAAGGUUCUGGACUAUGCUAUUGAGGCCGACCAGCUCAUAGACAAGUACGAGACUCUGGCAUCAGAGCUGCUGCAGUGGAUCCAGCAGACCAUAGUGACUCUCAACGACCGGAAACUGGCUAACUCACUGAACGGUGUACAGAACCAGCUGCAGGCUUUCAACUCCUACAGAACUGUGGAGAAGCCACCAAAAUUUACAGAGAAAGGGAACUUGGAGGUUCUUCUCUUUACUAUCCAAAGCAAGAUGAGAGCAAACAAUCAGAAAGUCUACAUGCCGAGAGAAGGAAAACUCAUCUCUGACAUCAAUAAGGCAUGGGAACGGCUGGAAAAGGCAGAACAUGAACGUGAGCUGGCACUGAGGAAUGAGCUGAUUCGCCAGGAGAAGCUGGAGAUGCUCGCUGCCCGUUUUGAUCGGAAAGCGGCUAUGCGGGAGACGUGGCUGAGCGAGAACCAAAGGCUGGUGUCUCAGGAUAAUUUUGGAACCGACCUGGGAGCAGUAGAAGCCGCCACCCGAAAGCAUGAGGCCAUUGAGACGGACAUCGGAGCGUACUGGGAGCGAGUGGCUGCUGUGGAGUCCGUUGCAAAAGAGCUGGAAGCAGAGAGAUAUCAUGAUGUACGACGCGUAAUGGCACGAAGGGAUAAUGUGCUUCGACUUUGGGAAUACCUCAAAGAGCUUCUGGCUGCACGCAGAGAGCGCCUGAAUGCCCAUCGUGAUCUACAAAGGCUAUUUCAGGAGAUGCGCUACAUCAUGGACUGGAUGGCAGAUGAAAAGGGACGUCUGCAGUCUCAGGACAGUGGUAAACAUUUGCAUGACGUGUUAGACCUAUUGCAAAAACACAAUCUGGUAGAGGCCGACAUUUCAGGCCAGGCAGAGAGGAUCAAGGGAGUACAGGGAGCUGCAAAGCGCUUCACAUCACAUGAACUGGCUUACAAGCCUUGUGAACCCGGGCUGGUGAAGGAGAAAGUAGACCUGCUGGGCACAGCCUACGAGGAACUCGGGCAACUCGCCGGGACGCGCAGAGAGCGCUUGGAGGAGUCGCGUCGUCUCUGGCAGUUCAUGUGGGACGUUGGGGAGGAGGCGGCGUGGAUCAGAGAGCAGGAGCAGAUCUUGGCCAGUGGAGACUGCGGGCGGGACCUCAGUUCUGCUCUCCAUCUCCUCAGUAAACACGAGGCUUUCAGGGAUGAGAUGGCGGCGCGCUACGGCCCCCUGAGCAACAGCAUCGCUGUUGGAGAUGCUCUGGUUACAGAAGGACACUUCGGAGCUCCAGAGGUCAACGAGAGGAUUCAGGACAUCCGUGCACAGUGGGCUCAUCUGGAGGAGUCGACUAAGCUUAGAGAGCAGAAUCUGAAGGAAGCCGUGGCCCUGCAUCAGUUCCAAACGGAUGCCAGUGACAUGGAGGCGUGGAUCAAUGAGACGCUCAGACAGGUGUCCAGUCAGGAGGUCGGGCACGACGAGUUCUCCACCCAGACUCUGGCUCGCAAGCAGAGGGAGGUAGACGAGGAGAUCCAGAGCCACCACCCGCUCAUCGACUCCCUUCACGAGCAGGCUAAUGUCCUGCCGCAAGACUGUGUACAUUUGCCUCAAGUGGAUGGUCGUCUGCCUGCUAUAGAGCAACGCUACGCAGAGCUGGAGUCGCUCUCAGCAGCUCGCCGUCAGGCGCUGGAAGGAGCCCUGGCGCUCUACCGCAUGUUCAGCGAGGCUGACGCCUGCCACCUCUGGGUGGAGGAGAAGAAGCAGUGGUUACACGGCAUGGAGAUCCCCACCAAACUGGAGGACCUGGAGGUCGUGCAGCAGAGAUUUGAGACCCUGGAGCCUGAGAUGAACAGCCUGGGCACGCGUGUCACUGAUGUGAAGUUCGUUGCGGAGCAGCUGCUGACCUCAGACAACUGUAACAAAGACCAGAUCCACCAGACCAGAGACCAGCUGAACAACAGCGUUUUUAGCCUUGUGUUUGAUGUCCUCUCUAGAUGGAAAGACUUUGAGCAACAGGCUGGACAAAAGAAACAGGACCUGGAGUCUGCUCUUAACAUCCAGAAUUACCACCUUGAGUGUAAUGAGAUUCAGACUUGGAUGAAAGAAAAAACGAAAGUAAUUGAGUCUACUCAAAGCUUGGGCAAUGACCUGGCUGGAGUGAUGGCACUGCAGCGCAAGCUCACCGGCAUGGAGAGAGACCUGGAGGCCAUUCAGGGUAAAUUGGACGACCUCAGAUAUGAGGCAGACAAGCUUGCCAGUGAACAUCCAGAUCAGGCGGACGAGAUUCAAGGACACUUGGCUGAAAUUCAAGAGGUGUGGGAGGAGUUGAAUGCAACGAUGAAGCGUCGGGAAGAGUCGUUGGGAGAAGCCAGCAAACUCCAGGGUUUCCUCAGGGAUCUGGACGACUUCCAGUCCUGGCUGUCUCGCACUCAGACGGCCGUGGCCUCGGAGGACAUCCCCACCUCCCUGCCUGAGGCUGAGAGUCUGCUAGCCCAACACGAGAGCAUCAAGAACGAGGUGGACAACUAUAAGGAGGACUAUGAGAAGAUGCGGGCCGUGGGAGAGGAGGUGACCCAGGGUCAGACGGAUGCCCAGCACAUGUUCCUGGCCCAGAGGCUCCAGGCUCUGGACACCGGCUGGCACGAGUUACGUCGCAUGUGGGAGAAUCGCCACAGUCUUUUGGCGCAAGCCUUUGACUUCCAAACAUUCCUGAGAGAUGCAAAACAGGCAGAAGCUUUCCUCAACAGCCAGGAGUACGUGCUGUCCCACACAGAAAUGCCCAGCAGCCUGCAGGCUGCAGAGGAGGCUAUCAAGAAGCACGAGGACUUCCUCACCACCACGGAGGCCAGUGAGGAGAAGAUCAACGGUGUGGGGGAAGCUGGACGACGCCUCAUUAAUGACUCCAAUGCAAACUCUGACAAGAUCCAGGAAAAAGUGGAUUCAAUCCAGGAAAGGCAUGGUAAGAAUAAAGCAGCUGCAAAUGAACUGCUGGCUAAGCUGAAAGAUAACAGGGAACUUCAGCACUUCCUCCAAGACGGACAAGAGCUCACCUUGUGGAUCAAUGAGAAGAUGCUGACGGCACAGGACAUGUCUUAUGAUGAAGCCAGAAAUCUGCACAGCAAGUGGCAGAAACACCAGGCCUUCAUGGCAGAGUUGGCCUCCAACAAAGACUGGCUGGACAAGAUUGAUAAGGAGGGCCAGGCCCUGGUGGCAGAGAAGCCCGAGCUGAAGCCGGUGGUGGAGCAGACCCUGGAGGACCUGCAGCGCCAGUGGGAGGAGCUGGAGAGCACCACCCGCACCAAGGCCCAGUGCCUGUUUGAUGCAAACAGAGCAGAGCUUUUUACUCAGAGCUGCUCCGCUCUGGACGUCUGGUUGAAAAACCUGGAGAGCAAGCUGCAUAGUGACGACUAUGGAAAAGAUCUGACCAGCGUCAACAUCCUCCUCAACAAGCAGCAGAUGCUGGAGCAUCAGAUGGAGGUCAGAGAGAAGGAGGUGCAGGCCCUGCAGUCUCAGGCUCUGGCUCUGUCCCAGGAGGACGCCGGGCUGACAGAAAUAGAUGGUCAGCAACGGCUCGUCACUGAAAACUUCUCCAGCCUCCAGGAACCCCUCAAACUGAGGAAACAGAGACUGAUGGCCUCCAAAGAAGCUCAUCAGUUCAACAGAGACCUGGAAGAUGAAAUUCUGUGGGUGAAAGAGAGGAUGCCCCUGGCAGCUUCCAUAGACCAUGGGAAAGACCUGCCCACCGUCCAGCUGCUGAUCAAGAAGAAUCAGACGCUGCAUAAGGAGAUCCAGGGCCACCAGCCCCGCAUCGAUGACAUCCACAGACGGGGCCAGACGCAGAGCCAGGUGGACGGGGAGAGACAGUCUGUUCUGGAGGAACGGCUGGUGGAGCUGAAGGAGCUCUGGGACCAGCUGAUCGCAGAGACGGACAAACGUCACGCCCGUCUCAUGGAGGCCAACCGUGCUCAGCAGUUCUACGCCGACGCCGCCGAGGCCGAGGCCUGGAUGGGAGAACAAGAGCUGCACAUGAUGUCUGAAGAAAAAGCUAAGGAUGAGCAGAGCGCUCUGGUGAUGGUGAAGAAGCACCAGACCCUGGAGCAGGCACUGGAAGAUUACGCCCAGACCAUUCACCAGCUGGCCAACAGCAGCCGCCUCAUGGUCACCAGCGAACACCCCGAGAGUGAAAGAAUCACCUUACGACAAGCCCAGGUGGACAAGCUGUAUGCAGGUCUGAAAGACUUGGCUGAAGAGCGUCGUGGGCGGCUGCAGGAGAGACUCCGGCUGACCCAGCUGAAGCGGGAGGUGGACGACCUGGAGCAGUGGAUCGCUGAGCGGGAGGUCGUCGCUGGCUCCCAUGAACUGGGACAGGACUAUGAACACGUCACCAUGCUGAGGGACAAGUUCCGCGAGUUUGCUCGUGACACCAGCACCAUUGGCCAGGAGCGUGUAGAUGGCGUAAACGGCUUAGCAGAUGACCUGAUUGAGUCGGGCCACCCUGAGAACGCCAGCGUGGCCGAGUGGAAGGACGGUUUAAAUGAGGCCUGGGCUGAUCUGUUGGAACUAAUUGACACACGCACGCAAAUGUUAGCAGCGUCUUAUGAGCUGCACCGAUUCCAUCAAGAUGCCAUGGAGGUUCUCGGACGCGUCAAGGAGAAGAAAGAAGCACUGCCCUCGGACCUCGGCCGAGACCUGAACACCGUUCAGCAUCUACACAGACAGCACAACACUUCUGAAAACGACAUCCAGGCCCUCAGUGGGCAGGUGAACCAGGUGCAGGACGAUGCAGCACGGCUACAAAAGGCCUACGCUGGAGAAAAGGCUGAUGACAUUCACAGGAGUGAACAUGCGGUGUCGACGGCCUGGGACGGGCUGCUGGAGGCCUGCCAGGCCCGCAGGCUCCUCCUGCUGGACACCGUGGAGAAGUUCCGCUUCUGCAACAUGGUGCGUGACCUCAUGCUCUGGAUGGACGGGGUCAACCUGCAGAUCGAUGCACACGACAGUCCCAGGGAUGUUUCCUCUGCAGGGUUGGUCAUUGCCAAUCACCAGGACAUCAAAUCAGAGAUUGAGACCAGAGCAGACAGCUUUACUGCCUGUACAGAGAUGGGGAAUGCCCUCAUCAACAAAAACCACUAUGCAGCUGAUGAGAUCCGAGAGAAACUUGCUCAGCUCCAGGAAAAGAGAGACAGAAUCAACAAAAACUGGCAAGACAAGAUGGACCACCUACAAAUCGUGCUGGAGGUGCUGCAGUUUGGCCGUGAUGCCUGCGUGGCAGAGUCCUGGCUGGCAGGACAGGAGCCUCUGGUGCAGGCCCCAGAUCUGGGCACCAAUGUGGAUGAGGUAGAGAGCUUAAUCAAGCGCCAUGAAGCCUUUGAGAAACUUGCUGCAGCUUGGGAGGACCGCUUUGUGCUGCUGGAGAAACUCACAACUCUUGAGGAGCAUGAGAUGCAGCGGAGGAGAGAGGAGGAAGAAAGAGCUCGGCGGCCUCCUACACCACCACCAGUAGAGGAAGUGGCCCCGUCUGAGACAGAAAGUCACGUACACGAUUCUGCAGCCAGAACCAGUCUGGACCAGACCACACUGAAUCAGUCCGUCUCGGUGAACGGAGUCCACAGCGACAACGACACAUCUCAGCAGUCAUUGUCGCUAUCGUUGUCAGUGGGACAGAAAUCAGAGCCUAAGCGUGUGUGUAAGCCAAAGCAGCCGCAGCGUGGCUCAGAGUCGGACUCGGCGAACGGGCCGGGUAGAGACAGCGGGCUGGCCUCGUCCCGCAUGGAGCCCUCGGCUACGCUGCCGGGCCGGGGGGCAGCCGGGUCAGACCCGGAGCCCACGGAGGGGAUUCUCUGUCGGAAACAUGAGAUGGAGUCCCACAACAAAAAGGCAGCUAACAGGUCCUGGCAGAAUGUGUACUGUGUCCUAAGAAAAGGAAGUCUGGGCUUCUAUAAGGACAGUAAGAGUGCCAGCAACGGUGUUCCGUAUCACGGAGAGGUUCCCAUCAGCCUGGGAGACGCUGCAUGUGAAGUAGCACACGACUAUAAGAAAAGGAAACAUGUGUUCAAGCUGAGACUAGGAGACGGGAAAGAGUUCCUGUUCCAAACCAAGGAUGAGGAGGAAAUGAGCUCGUGGAUCCGCUCCAUUCUGAGCUCCAUCCCUACAAGAGCACAAGACUCUCCCGGGGGCCCGCGGGCCCUCAGCCGGGCCAUGACCAUGCCCCCCAUCUCCCCCAGCUCCGGGGACACCGGCAGCGUCACCCUGCGGAACAAAGACGGCAAAGAGAAGGACCGCGAGAAGAGGUUCAGCUUUUUUAGCAAGAAGAAGUAGAACUACUUGUACAAUAAUCAAUGGAAAACUACAUUAAUCACAAAAAUUGAACAGACUUGAGGCAGACAGAAACGAAAGUUGUACACAAGUUAUACAAACGCUGCUUUCAGCAGAGGCCCCAAGGAAUUUGUCGACAGCUACAUCGUGACUUACAAGAAAACCUUUUUUCCUUUACGUCUCAUCCUUUCCCUCAUCAGUUUUAUCUGUCAUUUACUUUUUUGUUCACCCAUUCCAAUGGUUCACAAUUAGCUGCAUCCAACAAUGAGAGCCCUCAUCCCUUGUCAGGCCCGUUAGUCUGAGCCAGUAACGGGGGUGGAAGGGAAGAGCCGGCGUCCCGGGCCACGCCGGGGCCACGGUCCGGUCCAGUCCACGGUACCGACUCCUCAGCAAGAGUGUGUUCUGUUCAGUGAGUAGUGAGUCUGGACUAGUGGAGCCGUGGCGAUGGCUACGACUCCACGGGACUCCAGUAAAGCAAUAGAUGACGGCUGAGCUCCGGUUUCAUCCCCCCAGUCUGUUUCUGACGGAUCACACCAGUCUCUUUUUAUGUUCCUGGUAUUGAUGCUAUUGACCUGAUUGAUACUAUUAUUAUUAUUAUACUAUUUAUCUUUUGCCAUUGCUGGUUUGAAAAAAAACAAACAAAUUACUAUACUUUUGAUUUAUGUUGUGCAAAGAAGCAAAUUUGGUUCAACUAGUGGAGAAUGUUGGGCUUGCCCUUGUAUGCAUUUUUUUUUUUUUUUUUUCCUUUAGGAAAGAAUUCAUGAGGUGUUUCACAACAAGAAUAAAACUCAAGUUUUAGCCGUGUGCAGUAAGUGAUCACAAGUUUCAUUGGGAAAAUGUUAUAUAUAUAUUUAAUAAGUGGUUUUAUUUUUUAUUUGAUCUAAUUUUGCCUGUAUUUGAUCAUUUCUUUUGGGUGAUCUUUUCUGCUUGAUUUUUCAAAUUUCCAUUUUUCUGUACAAAGCAGAGGAGGUUAGUUUUCUAGUGUGCGUGUGUGUGUGAGUUGUGGUGCUGUGGAUUUUGCAUGUUUAUUUGUUCCUAAACAAACAUGGCCAGAUAAACCAGACAUAAACACGACUUAAUAUAACUGGAACGAUUUCAUAAAACUUAUCUUUUCCUUUUUGGUUUCUACUUAUAUGUGAGGUUACAUUACCACGGAUCUUUCUUUGUUUCGUUUCAGUCUUUUAAUACUUAUUUCUAAUGUCUCUAUCUACUAGUGUGAAGGCAUGGGGGGCGGAUUGUAGAUAAAUAGCUGAAGCACAUUUAGUUUUUUUUGUGGCAGACCGCGGGGACGCGAGGGAGACGGAUGGACGGACAGCUGACAGACGUGGUGACAGGUGAAGUGAUGGGUGUGGAUGUGAGAUAGAGAAAGGACGGGUAGUAAAGAAGAAUGCACCUCAUGUGCGUUCUGACAGAGAUACAGUAGGAGCCUGAGCUUUACUUGAACCCACUACAUUUACACUGAAGCCUUUUAAAAAAGAAGAAAAAAUCACACCCCAUUAAAACAGAAAUGGGAAGUUUUCUUACCAAAAGAAAACAAUUGAAUGUUUAAAUUUGCCCUGUGGCAAUGACCUAAUGUAUGCCUGUGGAUGAUAAAUAAAUGCCGGUCCAGUAUGAUUAACAGUACUCACAGGAAAGCUCUGUUGGCACGUGGUGGCAGGGAAGAAAUGUCUUAAAAUCUUAUUGGUGAGCUUUUAACUCACAUAUACGGCAUAACUUAAUUUAGAUUUAUAGGUUUGUCUAAGCUUUGACAUAUGUUCUGUGUUGAUUUAGUCUAAAAACAAACACCAGAUCACCUUAUAUUCAGGAUUGGAAACCAACUCAUAUUUUGUAAUUGGAAUAUUUUACAUGUUAAUGUAAACUGAACGAUCUCACAUUUCAGAGAAAUAGUAAAAGCCGGCGUUAGGGCAUAAGGGCGUUAUUGUUGCUGCAGAUUAUUGGACAACGGCUCGUGAUUGAAGAGUCCAGCUGGUUAUGAUAAAAGAGGUUAGGUGCCGUUAGUUAUUUAUUCCAGGUUGAAAGUAACAGGUGGUUUAGCCGGUGCGUUUAUUUGCCUCCUAAGAGCGAUUACCUCCCAGCAACGUCACACUCAGCUGUUGGAAUAAUAGCACAAGUGGAGGCUGGGACAGGUCGGCCUUAUCCUCCCGCUGCAGGUGAACACGGUGUUGCUCAGAGACAACAAAUCAGCCGGGAGAAACGUCUGAACAAACGUGUUCAGUGAGCAGCAUUCAGUCCAGACUUGCCUCGUCUCUGUCCAUGGGACUUUCUGAUCCCAGCUGAGUGACAGAGCUCCUAGUUUCAGUUUGAACCUAAACUGAUCUGGAAACCAGAAGCAUAUACGUUAAGGUUUGAACGGGAGAGUCUUUCCUCCCAUUUUUCUGACCUACUGCUUCCUUUUCUUGGCUCUGAACAGACCGGCAGACGUUUCCCAUCACAACAGACUUUCUCAGCAGCUCAUUUGAAUGUGAAUGAUUCCAAUUACUUUGGCCAAAUUAAACUGGUCACGUGAAGCAAAAAUAAUGAUUAUACUUGAGAUACUUUACACAAGCCCUCUCCCACGUACACUCACACAUGAAUUAUUAUUUAAUACUGUACUGUAUCCUUAAUGCAGAGUGACCCUGGCCAUCCAGACUUGUGGGAGUGUUUCUUUUCUCAGCCGGCUGUGAUUUGAUGUUGCAUAUUGCAUUUUUUUUCUAAUAACCCUGUGCUGCUGGUGAGCUUUGACCAGAUCAUGGAAAGUAUUGCAUUAUUGAUGUCAAAGAGAUACGUUUAUGGUACUAGGGAGUACUUGUAACAAUUUAGUACUUCAUGAAGAAAAAGGAGCUUUUACAUGUGUAGUACUAGAUUUGGAGUGGAAACAGACUGGUAACAGUUUGAGCUCUUCUAGAAGAAAGCAGGAUUUAUUCUGUCCAGUGGGAUCUUGUUUUAUUUUUUUUUUUCAUCCAGUGGUCUGUCCUGCAGCAUUUGAUAAGCCUGUCCUCCUACCUUCAUUUCUCAUGACUUUUGACAAAUGUCUGUUCCUUCCUCUGUAAUUCAGAGUUGUUAAUACCACUACUAUUAUUAAUUGCUAUUAUGAUCAUUAUUGCUACUGUUGUUAUUAUUACUACUACUGUUACUAAUGCAGAUUAUUGCAAAAAGUACGACUGCUGUCCAUUUUCAGGUAUGUGUCUGUAACACCAGACCCUUCCACACGAUGUCAGUGUGCUGUGGAGCAUUUUCAUUACGAAUCGAAAAUGUUUGUUGAUUUGUGUAUCUACAUCUAAUAUUAGGAAUAAUAAAACAUGGUUUAAUCAAAAA